AUGGAAGCGCUUGUCGCCGUCGGACUCGCUGGCAACGUGGUGCAGUUUGUGCAAGGCGCAGGUGCUUUGAUCGCGCUUGCGAAAGAGAUUCGAGACAGCGGAAUCGCGGCUGAGGGCUUCUACUCCCUUGACGGAGGAGAAUCAGUGUACCUUGGUACAUUCAAGAACAGCUCCAGAUCCAAAGCCGUGGGUGCGGUCAAAACUGCAAUCAAAUAUCAGUGGUCGUCCAAGAAAAUUGAUGACUUCGUGGAUAGACUGGACAGACUCCGCAGCUCUUUGAUGUUGGCUAUCGUACUGGCAUGUCGCACCAGUGCUGAAGGGAACAACAAAGAGAUACUCGCACAUUUGAAAGAGAUACAACACGAUCAUCAAGCCCGUCAGAUACAUGAUCAGAUUGGAGUUGUACAAGCGGCUAUCGAGCUUCUCACGAAUGCUGUGCAGAAUCAAACAAACGAGAAGAUCGAAGCUAUCCAGAACGAAGUGCAGCUGUGUAUAAAUGUGAACGAACCGUACUUCAUCAAUGGAAAAGCUGGAAGUGGAAAAUCAACACUGAUGAAGUUCCUGCAUGAUCAUGCGAAGACGAAAAAGCUCUUGAAGCAGUGGGCAGGAUCAAAAGAACUUGUCACCCUCCAUUUCUUCUUCUGGCACCUUGGAACUGAUCUCCAAAGAUCUCACGCUGGUAUGCUGAGAGGCAUCCUCCAUGCGAUGCUCGAGAAACAUCCUGAGUUGAUCCCAGCUGUAUUUCCAAAGUUCUACCGUAAUUGGGAGAACUGGAACUCAGAUAUUACGCCCGACUACGUUGAGGUCAAGAAAGCGUUCGCUGUCAUGAUGGAAAAGUGUUCCUAUCUCAAAAUGGCCAUUUUCAUCGAUGGUGUCGACGAGUUCGAGGGCGAUUAUCGCGACAUGGCGCUGUUAUUACGAUCACUUGCGUCGAGCCGCGUCAAGCUUGUUAUCUCGAGUCGUCCACUAAACGGUUGCCUAGCAUCAUUAGCAGGAUGCCCCACUUUACGAGUGCAAGACUUGACAAGGAAGGAUAUGAAAGUGUUUGUUGAUGGCGAGCUCUCCACACAUCAUUUGAUGACUCGCCUAGUUCGACAGUUUCCAGCCAAGGCACCACAAUUUGCAUUGGACAUUGUGGAAAAGGCCGAGGGCGUGUUUUUAUGGGUGAAGCUUGUCGUACAUCUUCUUAUUCAAAGCCUGGAAAACGGUGAUACACUGGACGAAAUGCAUGCCUUACUGACGACACUUCCUUCUGAUCUGCGCGAUCUUUACAGAAGAAUGUUUGAGAAGGGUGUAGAGUAUCAGAAAGAGUCGGCUGUGAUGUUUCAGCUGAACGAGAAAUGGCUCGAAGUUUCACGCGAUCAAUCCCUUCCCGGCAUCCUUAUGUGGUACGCCAUCAACAGUCCUACCGCAGCACUUGAUCAGCCGUUGGGUCCUAUGCCCAGUGACCAAUAUGACUGGGGCAUGAGUUCGCUCAUAAAACGAAUUCAAAGUCGUUGCUCCGGUUUAUUGGAAAUUCGGUACAAAGGCAGAACUCUAGACGGUUUAUCCGAGAUUACAGUCGCACAAAAUGGAGUCUCCAUCGAUGAAAUAGGAUGGUUGACCAUCACUUAUCUCCACAGGACGGUGCACGAGUUUAUCACGCUGGAGGACGUAUGGAGAGAUAUAUGCGAUCUGACAAAGGAUAUGAGCUUCACUAUUUCCACGAGGCUUACUGCUGCAUGUCUAUCGACCAUCAAGUUGGCACGACACAGCACUCAACUGCACACAGGUUACGUUGUGGCUAUCACGCAACUUUUGAGGGAAGUCGUGGACGCAUCACCAGCAAUGGCACAUACGUACUUGAUGGACUUGGAUCGCACCAUGUUCAAACUCGAGACGAAAGUCUUCUCGAACCCGGGCGACCAAUCUUUAACCAAUCACCACAUGGAGCACUGGUCUUUCACCCACCUCGGAGCAGUGGACCUGAGGCUGUUCGUUGCUCUAAGCUAUGUUGAUGUCUAUACAUAUGCGGCAGGAGAAGGGAUACUCUGUAACACAAUGCCAAUUCCAAGCGACAUGAACCAAUUGGCCCGCUUUGCCAUAGUCGGUCAUGCCUUGACCAGCUGGAUGAAGACAGGAGAUCGUUUUCCUAUACCCAUUCUAAGACAUCGGGUACGAACAAUGACUUUUGCGCUUGAACAUAUCAUGGCUCCAGAGGGAACACUCUCCGAUCUAUCUUUAUGGCACAUAGGUUUGGUUGUAUGUGCGAAGCUAGAGCAUGAUAAACGGCACCAUGAGGCUGCACAGCUACUGUUGGUCAUGUUGAAAACAUCAAGCUCUCCUUCGAAUCUAUGGCUUCUACCCCUAGACCCAAGACAUUCGUUGGGAUGGGUCUGGAACAAGGUUGAGCAAUCACGCGACCCAACGCUCACAGACCCUGACUCUUUGUUGAUAAGACUUCGAAGUGCACUGAGCAGCUCUACAGUAAGAGAGCAUAUUGGAGUACUAGAAGAUAUCCAUCGACUUACAAGUACAAAGCGAGACAAAAUCUUGAUCGAGCAAUCUCUUCACGACUCAUCACAGAUCAACGAGCGUCCUUCAAAGAGCUUAAAAGGAGGGAAGAACUCUCGCCGAUCGAAGAAGAUGAAGAAAAGAACGGCUGCUUCCAGCAUGGGAAGUUUCUAG